AAAUCGGGCGGUGGGUGGGCAGGACUCGAGGAGGCGUUCCGCUCCCAAGAUCCCUGUGCUUGAACAGGAUUUAUUUGCUGACUUUGCUAUCCUGAAAUAAGAUGGGAAAGGGCUACAAAGUGGUGAUUUGUGGAAUGGCAUCAGUGGGAAAAUCAGCAAUUUUGGAGCAGCUUCUCUAUGGAAAGCAUACUGUUGGUUUAGAAGAAGGUGCAACAGUGGAAGAUGUGUAUUUGGCUUCAGUCGAAACAGAUCGUGGGGUUAAGGAACAGUUACGUCUCUAUGACACUGCGGGUCUGCAAGAGGGAGUAGAGUUUCCAAAGCAUUACUUCUCUGUUGCUGAUGGUUUUGUUCUUGUGUAUGCUGUGAACAGCCUUGAAUCCUUCCAGAGAGUAGAAGUGAUCAAAAAAGAGAUUGACACAAUCAGAGACAAAAAAGAGGUGACAGUUGUUGUCUUAGGAAACAAAACUGACCUCACGGAGCAAAGACAAGUGGAAACAGAAGUAGCCCAGCAAUGGGCAAAGGCUGAGAAGGUGAGACUGUGGGAGGUGACAGUGACAGAUCGGAAAACACUCAUUGAACCUUUCACUUCACUAGCCAGUAAACUUUCCCAAUCCCAGAACAAGUCAGCAUUUCCUUUGCCUGGGAGGAAGAGCAAAGGCAAUAACUGUGAUAACUAAAAACCCCUCGUCCAGGGGAGGCUAUUCAUCUGCUGCUGCAAGGGCAUGGUGUCUCUCUUUCUCUGCCAUUUGUUUGGCAUGUUUUUUCUGAAUUCAGAAUUAAAAUCAGCAAAGUCAUGAAUGUAGCUGUCCUUCAAUCACGUAUUUUCUUGGAAAACCACAGCUAGUCACGGUCUUAAGCACGACACAAGGAAGCACUUUGUAAAAAGGUUAUAAUGGUCACUGGGGUGUUGUAGUAGAUCACUGCAGUGAUGGCUGUCUACAUCCCCACGCAUGGCCAUUUCAGGCUGCUACUGGGUCAAGUUCACAAGUGUACAAUUAGUAAACUGUCCAGCCUCUGUUCUUCCCCUUUUGCAAUUGCAAAAUCUCCUGGCUGCAGCAAAGGAGAAAGGGCUUACCUAUCUUCCCAUGGCUAGAGAAAAGGUCUGUGUGAUGUAGUUUCAGCCCCUUUGUGCUUCACUUACUACCCAUGGGUGGUGUGUAGAGUUGAAGUUCCAGCACAGCUGAGCGAGAAUACUCUAGGAGGAGACGGACAAGAACAUUGCCUACCUGGCAGGGAUAUGCAUCAGUGUUCCUGCUGCAUGUGGAAAUGGUGACAUUCCAUGAGUGAUCCUCAGAUAGGUCAGGCCUCACUUGCAAAGGCUGGAACCUGAUGUGGCUUCCUUGUAGUUUCCACUAGACUCAUCCAAUAUGGAAAGUGACCUUUACUGUUACGUGGUAUACAAAACAAAAGCUUGAGGAGCAAUUAAUAAAAACUUAACCCUUGGGGAGGGUAGACUAACUAUGUACAUUUUGUUU